UUACCGUUCAUUUAUGAAACCGGCAACUAAAUAGCGCCAUGGCGCUAAAACAAGUUAACUUCAAAGGAAAUAAGGAAAUAAAUCUCUUAAAACCCUGCUGGAUAGCAGGCAAUAAAAAAUAUUCAACAACGCAAUUUGUAAAACAGUUUUCGCGACAUGAAAUUAACGAAAUCGACGUGGUUGCAAGUUGCGAAAAAAUAUCCGACAUUAUUGAGACGAAUCAGGUGAGGAGAGGAACCCUAAAUAAUGUAGUGGACACUCUGAGCUGUCGAGCGGUUACCUUCAAAGACAUUGCGCGCCUCACUUUUGGAAUUAAUUACAUAUUAAAUCAACAGGUUACCUCGCUACUGGAUGAUACCAAGCAUUUGCUGGAGCAAAUUAUGAGGAACAAAUUCGAUUUAAGUCAACCGACGCAGCAAACAAAUACGAAUUUUAAUUGCCGCAAAAGAAAGCAAAUUAUCACGAAGCACACAACGACUGUUUGUGUGGCAAAGAGAGCUAGAGUCAGAGAGCCGCAACUAUUAGAUGAGGAAAAUGUAGAUUAUUAUAGACAUUUAUUAACCGAAUCUCAACAAUGGAAUAUUGAGAAGGAAAAUGUGGCAAUCGAACAGUCACAAACUAUAGAAGUGGCUCGCACUUGCUUACCCGAGCACAUGAUAAGCAUAACGCACGAGCUAACUUUUACAGAAAUGGAGCAGGAGACAAUGUGGAACAAUGGCUUUGGUGACUCCAAUCAAGUUGAUGUGACCGCGCUUGAAGAAUUUCUGCCAGCCAGAAAUGCUGUGAAGCGCAAGUCGCUUGACCACUGUCCUACAGGUGUUUUGAGCUAUAAAAUGCCUAGAUUAGAAACAGAUGCAAUUAUGGAGCAGACAAACAAUAGUCCUCAAAACUUGAAUCCUUGUCAGCCGCUGGAGCAGGAGAUGGAGCAGCUGGAAUUGCCUCCACCAAUUGUUAUUACUCCACAAAAACCUAAAACUAAAUCAAAACGCAAAAACAGAGUUAUUAAAGAUCAAAUCAUAAAAUUAUCAAGGGAUGCUCUGCUCCGAGACAGGGAAAUCUUUUUUAGAAGAUUAACAAAAGGAAAAUGGCGGAAACCUAAAAUUAUUAAGCACAACAAUACCUGUGAGGUAUUGCUAAAUAGUUUUAGGCACAGUCAACUUUUUCCAGAUCGUUUGAAGAGAGGGGUGCAGCUGAACAGUGAACAAGCUGAAGCGGCGUGUGAAUCGACACUACGAGCUAUAUUAGGAGCUGAGUAUAGUGAUGAACUGUCCAGAGAGAUACUGUCUAUGAGACCUCUAAGUCCACAGCUCUUAAAUACUUUAGAGAUUUCUGCUUUGCCACCACUAGAGACAGAGCAACCUAUUCAGCUCUCUCCACCUGCAAUUGAGGGUCCACAAUGCAAUAACAACAAUAAUAAUUCCUAUACCACUUGCGAUGACGAUAUUAAGAAUAUAGAUUCUUUGCGCAUUAUGAUGCAUUUGCUCAGCAUAUGGCGCUAUAAUCCCGAUUUAAAGUGUAUAAAUGCCAACAAGUUUAUCAAAUCAUAUCCGGAUCGCUUUAAAGCGGCCCUGGCAUUCAAUCAUUUGUUAUAUCUUGCAAAGGAAGGCUUUAUAGAACUCUCCACGAAGCCGGACUCUGUAGAGAUAAACGAAAUUACUUUAGGCGCAGAGUCCAAUUGGCUUAUUGAAGAAAACUUAACAACUUGCGAACAGUUUAUAAAUAAUUGAUUUCUAACUGUUAGUUAAUUAACACUCGAGUGUUUAUAUUUGGUUUUGAAGUUUCU